UGAAUCUUUUCUUUAUCUGUCAACUUCAUAACACAACUGUCAACAAAACGCAUGUUUUUAUCGACCAAACGUGUUUUCUGUUUUGAUACAAACACAAGUUCCCGGUUUUCCUAUAAUAAAGUUUAAAACGCAAGAAAAAUGAAAGUUGAAGAGGUAAAAAGCAUCGUAAAAACACAAAGGAUCAGUGCGCACAGCCAUAUCAAAGGUCUAGGGCUUGACGAGAAUGGAUUCGCGAUACAAGCAGCUGCCGGUCUAGUCGGGCAAGAACAGGCUAGAGAGGCGGCUGGCGUAGUAGUAGAUAUGAUUCGCAGCAAGAAGAUGGCAGGUAGGGCCAUUUUACUGGCAGGCCCCCCAGGCACAGGCAAGACUGCCAUAGCCCUUGCUACUGCUCAGGAAUUGGGCAAUAAAGUACCUUUCUGUCCCAUGGUUGGCUCCGAAGUAUACAGCUCUGAAAUCAAAAAGACUGAGGUGCUAAUGGAGAACUUCAGAAGGGCCAUAGGACUGAGAAUCAGAGAGACCAAAGAAGUGUAUGAAGGAGAGGUUAGCGAGCUUACGCCUGUCGAAACUGAAAGCCCUGCAGGAGGUAAUUAUUUCCUUUGUGUGUUCAAUGGCCUUGCAUAAGACUUAUUUUGAUACUGAUACAGGUUAUGGGAAAACUGUGAGCCAUGUCAUAAUCACCCUACGCACAGCAAAGGGCAGCAAACAACUGAAGCUAGAUCCAAGUAUAUAUGAAGCACUUCAGAAGGAAAAAGUGGAAGUGGGUGAUGUCAUCUACAUUGAGGCAACCAGUGGUGCAGUAAAAAGACAGGGCAGAUCUGAUGCUUAUGCCACUGAAUUCGAUUUGGAGGCAGAGGAGUAUGUACCCCUUCCUAAGGGUGAAGUGCACAAGAAGAAGGAAGUGGUGCAGGAUGUAACGCUCCAUGAUUUGGAUGCUGCAAAUGCAAAACCCCAGGGUGGUCAAGACGUGCUUUCCAUGAUGGGACAACUUCUAAAGCCAAAAAAGACAGAAAUCACUGAUAAGCUACGACAAGAGAUCAACAAAAUUGUGGACAAAUACAUUGAUCAAGGUGUAGCUGAGUUGGUGCCUGGAGUCCUGUUCAUUGAUGAGGUGCAUAUGUUGGAUAUCGAGACCUUCACGUAUCUACAUCGAGCUUUAGAGAGCGCAUUAGCACCUAUUGUGAUAUUCGCCACCAACAGAGGUCGCUGUCUGAUCAGAGGUACUGAUGACGUUUACUCUCCGCACGGGAUUCCAUUGGACCUAUUAGACCGGCUGCUUAUCAUUAGGACCAUGCCCUAUAACAGAUCUGACAUGGAGCAAAUAUUGAAACUGCGCGCAAACACAGAAGGCCUGGAAAUAGAUCCAGACGCUAUUUCAGCACUAGGAGGAAUUGGUACCAAAGCAACGCUAAGGUAUGCCGUUCAGCUGCUUACUCCUGCACAUUUGACCGCGAAGAUCAAUGGCAGGAACCACAUCGCGCUUGAAGACAUCGAAGAGACUGGCUCUCUGUUCCUUGAUGCGAAAUCGUCCGCCAAAAUUCUACAGGAGAACAAAGAUAAAUAUAUGAGUUAAUUUAGUUUUACUAGCAUAUUUUUCCAUGUUUUGUGAAACGUAAUCAAUGAAAGAGCUGUGAUUUGAUCCAGUUACAUUUGAUCAUGGUUUUCUUUCAGCUGCAUCAUCUUUGAGAAUUAUGUAAUGAAUUGUCUGUCGUUUUGCCAAUGUAUAAUAUACCGAAGUUUCGAAUAAAUAUUCAGUUUUUAAAA